CACCCUAGCUCUUCUCACUGGCGUCCUGCAGCAAACACAUCCCUCCUGCCUGCUGCAGCCUCCUUGGGGUUGCUCCUCCCUGUCCCCAGCCAAGCCCCUUUCAGAGCCACAUCUUGGGCACUGAAUCCGAUUCUGGGGCUACAGAAGGAAAGGGAGAGACGCUGGCUGUCCUCCUAGAGUUCAGUGUGAUGAGAUAAGAGAGAGUCAAACUGACUUCUCUGGGGAAGCAAGUGCCCAUUUGAGGGAGAGACCUCUGGAGAGGUCUGGAGAAUGUGAAUUAAAGGAGAAAACUAAGGUAGAAAAAUGGAGGGAAGUGGUUUGAAGGGAUGGGUCUAAUCCUUGACCUGGGCCCCAGGGGGCAGAAGGUCCCAGGAUGGGUAGGAGGCCCUCCACCACACACACACACACACACACACACACACACGCGGAAUGUGUCCUUACUUCCCUGCUUCAGAGGGCCCUGCAGACGCCUGGACCCCUAAAGGUGCCCAGUCACUCGUCCUUGGAGCCAUGCCCAGGUGCGCAGGGACGCCCCUUGCCCUGGCAGACACUCUGCAUACGCAGACCCGCGCGCCGCCGACACACCUCGGAGCUCCCGGAGCGCGCCCAGCUCUCAGGGCUCAGCGGCAGGUGCCUCGCCGCGCAGACUCGCCGGGCGCGGGGACCGGCUCCGGCGCGGGGCCGGCUGGGGCGGGGCGGUGGCGCGCGUUCCCCGCCGGCCACUCGGGCCGCCCUGCGCCCGGCGAGGGGCGUGUGCACGGGCCCGGGCCCCGCGGGCCCCAUGUUCACGGAGCUGAGGACCAAGCUGAGCCCCCCGCGAGGCCGCGCCGGGGCUGUGCGCGCCGGCUUCGGGGAGCGCCGGGAUGUGGACGCCACUGCCCACUUCAGCUUCUGCCGGACCCUCCUGGAGCACACGGUGUCCACCGAGAGCAUCCCCUGCCACCUGCCUAGGACACCAGGCACCAGCCUCACAUGGCAUGACUCACGCAGUCAGAGGGCAGCAGGUGGCCGGCCAGUCAAGCUCCUGCAGCAGCCUGGCACAGAGACCCCCCAGGGCUGGCUGUACUCUGACCACUGUGGCCUGUACCACACGAGUCCCUCACUGGGUGGCCUGACGAGGCCUGUGGUCCUGUGGAGUCAGCAGGACGUCUGCAAGUGGCUCAAGAAGCACUGUCCCCACAACUACCUCGUCUACGUGGAGGCCUUCUCCCAGCACGCCAUCACCGGCCGGGCGCUGUUGCGGCUGAACGCAGAGAAGCUGCAGCGCAUGGGGCUGGCGCAGGAGGCGCAGCGGCAGGAGGUACUGCAGCAGGUGCUGCGCCUGCAGGUGCGCGAAGAGGGGCGGAGCCUGCAGCUGCUCAGCCAAGCUUCCUUCGGAAACAUGUCCUAGCUGCUGCCUGAGGCCUGAACCCCAGACCCCAGCACUGUGACCGGAGCCCAUGGCAAGGACGAGGCAGAGCUGGCCAUGCUGCCCCUCUUGGACCCUGCAGGCAUCCCCAGGGGCCGAGCCGGGCCCAAUGGACUGGUGUGACCAGAUUUGCCCGUCCAGCCACCUGUGGUUGUGCACUCUGGGCUAUGCCUAGGGUCGGGUGCGUGGAGGCUGCUUGAGUGUGGCCCCUUCUCCCAGGACCUGAACCGAGGCCCACCCCUGGUGCUGCUGGCAGCAUGUGGGGCAGCCACCUGGGGCCAGAGUGGGGUUUGGAUGGUCCCCAAACUCCCAAGGAGUGAUUAUUUAUAUUCCCUUCACCCAUGUUGACGUCUGUCCCCCAUUGCUGGCUGAGUCACGUUUCCUUGGGGCAUCCUGCCCUCUCCCAGGGUGAGAGAUCUGUCUGUCUACCCACUUGUCCAGUUCAACACCCUCCUCCAGCUCCUAGAGAAGUGCCCACAGAGGUGGGAUAAACUGCCAAGGCUCCCUGUGCCCAGCCCCUGACCCCGCCAAACAGGCUGAACCCACUGCCCAGAUGAUGGCCAACAGCGUCCAUCUGGCCAGGCAUCCUCCCCGCCACCAUGCCCCCAUCUAGUCACUGCAACCGAGGUGAGGCAGGUCCGGGAUUGCCCAAGCGCCCGAGAACUAACAUGGCACGAUAGGGACCCCACACCUGGCGCCCAGCACUGGGCUCAGCAGUGUCCUAGCCUGAGGUUUGGGAACGUUACCCUCCUCUCAGGGUAACUUUACCUCUCUGGAGAGAGGUAAGUUACCCUCUCUCUACUAUGGAGGCAGAGGAAUGGGCGGGUAUUCCCAGGGAAAUCCACAUCACAAAGAGACUGUCCUGAGGGCUAUGCCGGCCCCCCCCACCAGAGACCCAGUAGGCACCUGAAUAACCACUCUCUCCUGGCCCCAAGGGCUGAGGUUUGGGGCUGGUGCUGCCCAGCAGAGGGGACAGUGAGGGCUGUCCUGCUGCCUCGUCCCUCUUGUUCCUCUGCCCUCCCACUCCCCUGAGGGGCUCUGAAAACCUCAGUUGGGGGGUGCAGACAAGGCUGAGCACCCCGCCCCCUCUGUUCCCUGUGCUGGCUGCCAGAGAGGAGGUUGGUUGGUGCAUGUCACGGGUGGAAUUUGGACAAUUGGCCUGGUGCCCCUCCCAUCCUGUAUGUCCCCCCAUGGGAAGUCCCCUUGUCCUGUCUAGCUGCCCUGAGUGUCCCUGUCCACCUGGUGCCAUCACAAUGGCGCCCUUUCCAGAGGGCCCUUCCCAUCUCUGCCCCCCUUCUUCCUUUGUCUUGCUUCCCUAACCCCCAUCCCCAAGCUCCUGUCCUGUCUUCUUUGUUUUGUGUUCACUUUUUAUAUUCUGAUAAAAAGACCAGAAAUAAACCUGGUUCUCAAGU